CAAAUAUCUUGUAUAAAAGCAGUUGAAAGAAACCUCUUGAACCAAUGUCCAAGGCAUAUUCGCCAGAAUUUAGCUCGAGGGAUAUAGGUCUCGAUAAAAGCAAAACGUUUGAUUGGAAUGAUAACUUGGAUGAACAGCUUCUAUCGUAUCUCAAGGGUAGACGAUUGUGGCCCGACUUUGGAGCUGAGUAUGCUAACCAGAUUCAAUGGGAUGAUUUGGCUGGUAAAUUGAACGUUUCACAUAUACCCUUUGUGCAAAUGAAGGUGGACGACUUAUAUAGGCAGUAUGUUUCUGAAACAUGUUUCCCGGAAACAGAUCUCGAAACAUUGAUGAAUGAGUUCAAUGAUCCUGAUACGACUGUCUACAAAGAAGCAACGGGUAUAAUAGAUGGUUUGGGGCUUCAAAAUUUCCAGAAAGAAAUUCAGACAAACCCUGUAAUAAACGAUAAGGCUGAUGCUUCAGGACUAAGGCAAUCACUACUGGCAAAGUCGGAAAAUAUGGACAAUACAAUCACCCAGGUAGCCCAUGCACCUCCUAAAGAAAAGGCAAAGUUGCCUAUACGAGAAAUGCCUCGACUUUCAAAAACUGAACGAAGAAUGUCAUUAGAUUUAAUGCAUUUGAAUCCUGAUUAUUUAAAUCAAAAGAAAGAUGCUACUAGACCAGGACUUCAUAAGAGGAACUCCAGUCUAAGCAAGCCAGCACCAGUAUCCACCAGUAAUGUCAAUGUUAUCACCAAAGCCGAAGUAAAUGCUCCGAAAACCCCUGUUAACACAAUUGAUUCCUCUAGUAAAGUCCCAAUCAAAAAUCGCUUGAGAGAUGUACUGAAAAACUUUAAGUUUGGCUUAGGAAGAAAACAAGAUGGACUGAAUAAAAAGAACGAUAAAGAUACGAAUGUCUUUUUGUUUAAUCAACUAGGCCAAAAAUUACGAAAAUCUUCAAACGAUCCUAAACUAUCCGAGCCCGAAGCAGACCCUACUAACGAAGAGCAUCCAGUUACUCCACGCCCUGGCUUCAAUGAUACCACUAAACAAAAUAGAAGAGCGUCAAUGGUUGGUGAAAGCUUGCCAUUAUAUAUCAGAAAACAAUUAGAAGUCACUUCCCAGCAACAAGAUGAUAGAUCGACUGCAAAAAAUGGAUCUUACAAAAAACCAGAGAAGUCUAGGGAUAUACCUCAUAACGUCAAUAAUAAAUCCACGGUAUCUAGAAAACCUUCGAGGGUACAUAAUCUCUUAGCAAAUUCGCAAUCAUUGUAUAUUCACUCAAAAGACGUGAAUAAUCCGACUUUUAAACAAAGCCCUGCUACAAGUAACAAUCAAACCGACGAAACUUCCUUUUAUGAAAACGAAACAACUUCAGACAAUGAUAAAGAAUAUAUUCUGCCAACCCUGUUCACAAAAUAUUAUGGGCCUGGGUACGGUGAGGAGGCAGCUUCAGACGAUGACGAAGUGAGUAAUGGCAUUGAAGAAAUGGAUGUUGACUUUGUCAACAUAACUGCUAGCUUCGAGGCAGAUGACGUUAAUCAGAGAGAUGACGAUGAAGAUGAAGAGGAUGAUUAUUUAUUCACCAUGUAGCGUGGAAACGAUAAUUUUUAUUACGAAUAGAUUAAAUAUUACAUAUUAUACAAAUGAUUAAUUUUUUUUUGCUUUUACAAUGCAAUUGGAAUAUAAAAGAGAAUGC